GCUGCGCCUCAUACGUCUAGAAACCAACAGCGCUCUGUCGUAUUUUGCCUUUUAAUAGAUGUAUUGCUUUUAAACUUCGUGAUGGCUGGACACCGUAGGGAUUGUGCUACAGCUUAGUGUCAUCACGGAAAACCCUCGCUGUAUUUAUAGCUGUGCUUAAACCUCCGCGGAAAUUAAGUGAAAGUGUCGCUGUGCGUUUUGUCCUCCUUACACAGCGGAUUUCAGCUCGUGGUGUUGCUUGGUGUCUCAGGAGCGGCCGAAUGGACGAGACGGGCUUCAACAUGACCUAAACAUCCCCGGAGAUGUCACUUAACACCGAGCAGUGUCCAGUCCCAGCACAGGUCAAGUGUGGUGGGUAGAUAGGCGGUAUGACUGAGGAGAAAUGUCCUCAGUUGGUGGAUUAUUUUGUGGUGGCUGGGCUGGCGGGCGACUCGGCUCCACCAGACGAGGAAUGUCAGCAGAGAGGAGGCCGUGGCAUGGUGCCCAUCAGCGACCUGGCUGUGAUCGCUCGUGGACUUGGAGAAGAGGUGCCCGAGGGCUUCACUUGCAUCGAGAAGACAUUGGGAGGCCACCCAGCUGAGCUCAGCGCUGGCCUCAUCAAUAACCCACACAUGUUCCUCUGCUACCGACGCAGCCACGACAAACCACCCAUUGUGGAGCUCGGUGUGCUGUAUGAAGGGAAAGAUUCGGUGAAGCAGGGUUGGUAUGUGAUCGAAACUACGCCAUACAGCCGGUGUGCCAGUCUGAGCUCAGGAGCUCCUGCCACACAUAAGACGUUCCUUAUGUAUCGGCGUGCCCCCGACUCGCAGGCCCUGAACACACUAGGGGUGACCGAUAUCUCAUUACUUAUGCCCAGCAAGGGAGAAGUGGCACCACAUACCUUCUGCAAAGUGGACAAGAAUCUAAAUACUGGCAUGUGGGGCCCAGCACUGUACCUGUGCUAUAAGCGGGCUGUAGCAAAAGCCAACGCCCUUGUGUAUGAGGCAGGGCUGAUCAGUCGCUACCCUGAGGAGGAUCUUGAGUCAUUUGCAUUGCCGGAGUCAGUCCCUGUCUUCUGUCUGCCCAUGGGUGUCACUGUAGAGAGCUGGCCACUCAAUACCAAAUACCAGCUCCCUGUCUUCUCCACCUUUGUCUUCACCGCCGCAUCUGGAGAUAAGGUGUACGGAGCUGCUAUCCAGUUCUAUGAAGCAUACCCACGGGAGGCUCUGUCUGAAAGGCAGCGAGUGCGACUCGGGCUGGUCAGCGUUGUGGACCGCAGACCCAUCACUAACCGCACGGUGCAGGUAAAGAAGAGUGUGUGUGUGCUCUCCCACUGGCCGUUCUUCACUGUCUUCCAGAAGUUUCUCACCUUCAUCUAUCGCUACUCCAUCUCUGGACCUCAUGUGCUGCCCAUUGAGAAGCAUAUCUCCAGUUUCAUGCACAAUGUGCCCUUUCCUUCACCACAGCGACCGCGCAUUCUGGUACAGCUUUCUCCAUAUGACAACCUCCUACUGUGCCAGCCAGUGUCCUCACCAUUACCACUGAGUGGUGCCAGCUUUGUGAAACUUCUGCAGAAUCUGGGGCCGGAGAAUGCAUGUACCCUGCUGUUGGCUGUUCUCACUGAGCACAAACUGCUGCUACAUUCCCUCCGGCCAGAUGUGCUGACCUAUGUCAGUGAAGCCCUGGUGUCGAUGACAUUUCCGUUGCGCUGGCCUUGUCCGUACAUCCCACUGUGCCCACUUCGAUGUGCAGAUGUGCUGUGUGCCCCCAUGCCCUUCAUCGUGGGUGUUCACUCCAACUAUUUUGACCUGUAUGACCCUCCUUCAGAUGUGGUGUGUGUGGACCUCGACACCAACACCAUUUUCCAAUCAGAAGACAAAAAACCCUUGUCAUGGAAGUCUUUACCCAGGAAACAUGGAAAAAUCUUGCUGAACUCACUCACUCACCUGCACAAAACCUUAGAGAAAAUCUGUACCCCUGGUCAAGAAGAGGCAACCCUAGAGUUCUUGCUAACAGAUUACGAUCUGAUCUAUGGGCGACAAAAGCAGCUGGAGCUGGAGAUCCAGGAGGUUUUCCUGCGCUUUAUGAGCUGCCUCCUAAAAGGCUAUCGCUCUUAUCUCCUGCCCAUCACCCAGGCUCCCUCUGACAGAACCACUGACUGCAGCUCCCUCUUCAAUUUACAGGGUUUUCUUAAGUCUCGAGACCGGACACAACAGAAGUUUUAUUCCCACCUCACUAAGACUCAGAUGUUCACGCAGUUUAUAGAGGAGUGCUCCUUUGUCAGUGACAGACACGCCUGCCUUGAAUUCUUCGAUGAGUGUGUUCAAAAGGUGGAUGUGGAGAAGCCUGAGGAGGUGAGGCUGAUAGAUCUUGAUGAGGCCCACAGUGGGGAGCAUACAGUGUUUAUAAUGCCACCAGAGGAACCUCAAGAACCUGAUGGCUCUGAAUGCCCUGCAAACUACAGCUAUGAGACAUUUCCUGUUCUGCAUCCUGAGCUGUUUGACCGGCCUCAGGAUCAACUCCGUACCACAGCAAAGGGUAGUGCCCCGAGUAGUCCUGCUCCUCGCCGUACCAAACAGGAGAUCAAGCUGGCUCAGAAAAGUGCACAGAAAUACUCUACAGUUCCUGACAUGUGGUCCAAGUGUCUGCUUGGCCACUGUUAUGGUCUUUGGUUUAUCUACCUGCCCACAUAUGUUCGGGCCGAGAGCACCAAGGUGCGGGCACUGCACACUGCCUAUGAGGUGCUCAAGCACAUGGAGACACGGAAGGUGGUGCUGCCUGAUGAGGUGUGCUACAGGAUCCUAAUGCAGCUGUGUGGGCAGUACGGGCAGCCCGUGCUUGCAGUCAGGGUCCUGCUGGAGAUGAAGAAAGCAGGAAUCAUCCCUAACACCAUCACAUACGGGUACUACAAUAAGGCUGUUCUGGAGAGCAAGUGGCCAUCCACCAAUCAGGGAGGUCGCCUUAGAUGGGCCAAGCUUCGCAACGUUCUUUUGGCUGUGGCACAGUUCAGGCAACCAAUCAAACAUAGGCAAAAGAGUGACUCUGUUAGCUCAAAACAAGGUAACUCCAACUGUAAUCUUUUCCCUCACUCCACUCUUGUACGUCAGACCAGCUGGAGUGGUUUGAGUGAAAGUUCGAGUCAUGAAUCCUUGACUGGUCCCAUCACUAAGAGCAACAGUCUAAGCAGUAUGCGUCCUGACAAAUCAAUGUUAGCUAGAAAAGCAAUGCUCCAAAACAAGAGCAAUGAUGACCCUGCCUCCCGCAAACCUCCUAUUAAUCCUCGUGAUAUGGUUACACCGUCCCCAAUUCCCACUGAUGACCAUGUCAGAGUGCGACGGAGUGACAUCUGCUUGUCCACCUUUUACAAGGAGUGUGCAGAACCAGAUACAGACUGCGUGUACCAGCCGACUGAGAGAGACGGCAGAUCUGCAGAGCAGCGGGAAACGCUAAAUCGCAAGGCAGUAGAUGAGAACUACAACAACGUACACUCCCCAAGUCGUGGACUGGCAGGUAAACUGCAGCAGCUUCUCACACCCACACGUCACCGCAACUCAUCACGCCGUGCAGCCAGUGUGGACGAACGGCGACCUGCCGCUAACGGCCCGUCACGCAAAUCAUCUGAACAGAGACAGUCUCGCAAAUCACAGAUGGCUGAAACUCUGCUAAAAGCCAAAGAGCGACUCUACAAUGCCACCUCAGAGAGCUCAUUGUCCGUAGGUAGUGACAUUGACCUGUCAGACCCUCCGAAUUCUGGUUUUUCUCUCAGGAAGUCAUGGGAUUCUACACAGGAAGGGGUGGGGCUAGAGGUAUCAAUGUCGAGCUGCACGCUUUGUCGGAGCUGCAACUCGUUGGUGUAUGAUGAGGAAAUCAUGGCAGGCUGGACAUCCGAUGACUCUAAUCUUAACUCCAGCUGCCCGUUUUGCUCAGCAACAUUCGUACCACUGCUUAAUGCAGAGAUCUGUGACCUUGGGCCUGUCGGAAGCAGUCAGUAUCGCGGUAAUUUGAACAUGGAGGAUGAGGUGGAGAGUGCUGUGAGGCCCCCUACUGGCCAUGAUGGUGUUCUGUAUAACGGUGUGAAUGAGCACGAUUCCAGUUCUGAGACCAGCACAUACUCUGAGAACAGCAGUAAUACUCUAAACUCCUCAUCUUUGGGUGGCACCCCUCAGGUGACAGUAGCGUACCUGAGCCCUUUGGUCUUGCGUAAAGAACUGGAAAGUCUUUUGGAGAAUGAGGGAGAAAGUGUUCUCUCUCAGGUCCAGUUACUGGACAGCCACUCCAUCCUCUUCUGGAAUCUGGUCUGGUACUUCACUCGUCUUGGCCUUCCUAGCAAUCUCCUACAGCUGGUGCGGGCAUCGCCAUUAGCUUCGAAGAUUUCACAGAGCUCAGAGAGCACUUCAGUAAGGGUGAGGUUACUGUGGGACACUUUGACGCCUGAUACAGAUUACUGGCCACCUCUCUAUGUACUCUGGAGAAUACACAGUGGGGUGCCGAUGCGGAACUAUGCGUGGCGCAAACACAACCAUCCCUUCACCCUGAGCUUCCUGGAGGAAGUCCUGCGUUGUGUCGGUAUGAAUGAAGUGCACAAGGCCAUCACGUUCUUCCUGGACACCGUCAGCAAGCAGACAGGCCAUCCCCGGAUACAGAGGAGUUUGUACAGGGAAUUUCUGUUUCUGACUUUGGCUGCAAUGGGCAAAGACCAUGUCGCUGCUUUUGACAAGAGGUACAAGGCUGCCUACACCAGGCUGAGUAGUUCAAUGGGCCGAGAGGAGCUGAAGAGAAACAGAGCUAAGCCACCAAGCCCCAAAGCUGUGGACUGCAGACGCUGUUUCCUAGUGCCCCUAGACUGCUGAGGGUUGAUACAUAAACACUCCUGCUUUACAGCUGGGAACCUUCUCUAUCUCAGUGGCUGCCUCCUGCAAUUAUCUCCCAAAGACAGUUCUAACUGGGCCUUUAUUUCUUCGAGUCUCACACAUCUCCACAUAGCAGUCAAUGGACCGUUGCUCUGAAACCCUUUUUCUCCCGUCACUCUGCGGAUUUUGGCACACGGUACUUGUUGCAAAACUCAUUGGGCAAGAUAACAAUUCUCUUUGGCCACGAUUUUAUUUGUUUGAAUUUGCCUCAGUUUAUUUUAAUGAGGCAUGUCUUACCAGAUCUUUCUAUCUGUAGUACAUCAGAAAUUUAGACAUUCACCGCUGGGCUGAGUUUUCUCUUUGCCAAGUAAGUAAACCUAGACACUGUAGUCAUGCUUCAGUGGCGUUCUGGUCUAUGCAUCAAGUAAAUCAUCAUUGUACCAGCAUCACAAUAUGUACAAUAUGUUUUGUAGACAAGGCCUCAUAAUCCCAUUACUCUAUCAGAGUGCAGAGUGUGUGUGUGUGUGUGUGUGUGUGUGUGUGUGUGCGCGCGCGUGUGUGAUUGUAUCUUACGAGACAGCCUACAUUUUAUAACCCUUUAAGUUCCUCUCUCCUGUAGUCACUUUGCAUAUUAGGUCUUAUUAUCUUCUGCUACUUAUGGUUAGCUGUGCCUGCCUCUAGCGACUAAGCUGUGAGAGAGAAACUCUGUGUGCAUGAAAGCCAACAAAACGCUGGGAUGAAACUUCAAACUGAUGGCCAGUGAAGAGGAGGAAAGACUACGUUGUGGUACGGAAUGUGUCUGGGAUGUGAAGAGCAUUUUGCUCUACAAACAGGAGCACAGAGGUAAUGGGUAUAACAGACAACCCAAAAGAGCACUGAAGACUGAACUGCCUGAGUACACUGCAGCGGAGUGGAGUAUAUGAACGUUUGGAACUGUGCUCUGGUAAAGACUCAUAACCAAAAGACUAUCUAAUUGGAAUUUACCUCCUUUUUUGUUUUACUUGUUUGCUGUCUGAUUUUAUUGUUUUAAAAAAUUUGGAUGUGUGUUUGAGCCUUUGUGAUGUGUGUGUUCAGCUUUCAGUCACCCAGACAUUUAUUGAUUGGGGGAAACAAAGCCUUACAUUUUCUUGUGUUUAAACCUAACCUUGCUUUCCAUAAACCCCUCAAUCAAGGGCACGGUUAUCCAGCCUCUAUUGCACUGAGUUGUCUCCUCCUCCUGGACUUUUGGUUAUAUCCACCUAGGUAGAAGGUCUCCUUCUCAUGAAUUUGUUGUUUCCGCAUUGAGGGGUAUAGGGAAAGAAAAGGGAAAAUGGUAAAUCUCAUGUGUAGCAGGCAGGGCAGUGGUUUAGCUGGAUGGUGGUGUAUUAGGGUUGUGCUAAUAUCAAUCAUUAUUACACUUGUAAUUCAUUCACAAAUCCCUGACUACAGACUCCUGCCAAACCACACUGAUACCUGCUACAUGAACGCUUAAUGCUUUACUUUUGCUGGACUAUUGAACAGCUGUAUGUGUCUGUGUGCAUCUGUGCCUGUUUGCGCAUGUGUGUGUGUGUGUGUGUGUGUGUGUGUGUGUGUGUGUGUGUGUGUGCGCGCGUGCGUGCAUUUGUGUGUUGUGCUUCUCCAGCCCUUUCUGCCUUUUGCAAUAUGUUUUAGGUUGUACUAAUGCCCUGAGAGCCACUUACACACCUUGCUCAACCCCUUCGCACUAUGUAGGACUGUAUCAGUACUACAGUCAGAAACACGCCUCACUAAUUUGCCUACUCGCACAACCGUCAAGUCGUAGAGUCACACACAUCGUCAUUAAAUUCAUACAGCACUGUCAGACUGAACUACAGCUCAUUUAGUAUCAGCAGGAGUUUUGCAAUGCUAAACUGAUUCUCGGAUCUCUCCUCACAGUGAAACUGAGUGAGAAUGAAUCCUCCUCCCUGAUGGCCUUAUUUAGCUUCUUUCACUCUGGCUUCGGAGGGGUGUCCUUGUGUCAGUGCUUCUCACUGCAUCUAAAAAAUUUAAUCUCUACUGCUGAUCUAAAAGCAUGUGGUUGAUCUAAUAUUUCUAUUGAAGAUGUGUUAGAUACCUGGCAAUAGAUGAGUGCCACGGCUGUCUGAAUUCUCAUCCAUCACCGUGGCUUCGGAUCAUUUAGCAAUAUGGUUAAUAGGAACAUUCUUAGAAAAGCUGUUUUGCCAGUCUAUAUUACUAUUGCGUCCAGCCUUAUAAUGUGACAACGGCCUUCACAAUGUCCUUUACCUCCUCUCUCUUAAAUAAUUGCUAUGUUUUGUGUCUGUUCUCCUUCACGCAAACUGUCUGUGACUGUUUUUUACGAGUCAUAACACUUUUACUUGUCGUGUAUGUUCAAAGUGGUGAAGCGCAUAUAUGUUUCUGUGUGGGGUUAUAAGUCACCUUACAAUGAAGAGAGAUAGAGUUUGUAUGAGAGUACAUGUUCCUCUGAAUAUGAAUAUUUGAAAACUAGAGGUGGAAAGCUGUGAUUAAUAUAGCUAGAAUCAUUUCCGUAUAGAAAGGUCAUGAUGAUAGCAAUAUGUUGUGUAAUGUUUAGUCUUAGGACAAAAAUCAGCACUGAUAUUACUGUUAGUAAUUAGCUACAGGUUUAAAAAAAAAGAAAGAAAAAAGACUGAACAAGUCAAAAAUAUAUUCCUGUUCAGGAAUGAAGUCCUCUUUUUUGCCCAUUUGUUGUGCCGUGUUGUAUAAUGAUGACCAGCAGGGGGCAGCAUGCCAAAGGGAGUUUUGCUCAAAAAGGUCUGCAAUGAUUUCACUGUAUUUUAAUGCAUCUGACUGCAACAUGAGGAAAUCUGAGUUAGGAUAGUUUUUAUUUUUUAAAAUUAAAUGGAAAAACAAAGGAUUUGCAGAGCUAUAUUUAAGAUGUGAUGUGUUUGCUGUAGUAAUUUAUAUAGUUGUGAGUUCUGUUGUGAUUUCUUUUUUUUAAUGUUGGAAAAAAAACCCCUCAUGGUUGUGUUUUGUUUGAUUAGAAAAAUGGUGGAUCGGUUUUGGCCGUGGUGUAACAGCAUUCAAAGUGUGACCUGACAUCAUUAAAGUCCCUCAUACAUUACUUGUAAA